AUGGGGCGCAAGUCAGUCACAGGAGGGGAGGCCUUGCCAAAGGGCUUCCCAAUGGUUUACGUCUGGGCCAUUCUGCUGGCAGCAGUUGUGGGGUGCGCGGUUGCCAGCUAUGGAAGCUAUGGUGCGCUGUCUUCUGCUGACAUUUCCGCCCAGCUACGCAUGCGGGGACCCGAGAUGCUGAUGGCAAGACGGGGGAGAGCGCUGUUGCAAGAUCCGCAAGGUGGAACCUCGCCACCUUCGGACAGCAGCAGCCCGGAUUCCACCUCCACUCCUUCGGACACAAACAGUCCGGAUUCAACGCCCGCUCCUUCGGACACCAGCAGUCUGGAUCCGACGCCCGCUCCUCCGGACACUAGCGCGCCUCCCAGCGAAACCCCCGCACCCACAGACGCGCCCGCCCCUACCGAUUCGCCAGUCUCGGAAAGCAGUUCUCCUUCGGAAACGAGCUCCCCUUCUCCAACGGACGCAUCAUCCCCCCCCUCUGAAACCAGCCCCCCCUCGGAAACAAGCUCCCCUUCUGAGACUAGCACGCCUUCUGAGACCAGCCCCACUUCUGAAACCAGGUCCCCUUCUGAAACCAGUUCCCCUUCGGAGACCGAUGCCACUUCCGAGACAAGCUCCCCAACAGACGCGUCUGCGCCGGAAGAUUCUAGCACGCCUCCCCCAACAGAAACACCGGGCGCUUCAGCACAGGCCCCCGCCUCGAGUGAAACCCCAGCCCCGACCGACUCCCCAACAGACGUGCCGUCCUCGUCGGAGGGAUCCCCUUCUCCGACCCCGACAGAUACGAGCGCCCCAGCCCCUGGCCCAGAGUCUGCAAUCACAAUGCAGAAGGGAGACGGAUCUUCGCCUUCUGCUGAGGGGCCGGCUUCUGCGGUGAUCGUCGUGCAAAACUUGGUUGUGGCGUCUGGCGAUUCCCCAUCUCCUACCGGAGCACCCUCAGACAGCGAAAACCCCUCCCCUAGCGAUACCCCCGCGUCAAGUGACACCCCCUCUCCUAGCGAAACCCCCUCCCCAACCGAAGACCCCUCAUCCACAAAUACCCCCUUUGCAAGUGACGCUCCUUCCCCGAGCGAUGCUCCUUCUUCAAGUGACGCUCCUUCUCCGAGUGACGCACCUUCUCCGAGCGAUGCUCCUUCAUCCACCGACGCCCCGUCUGCCAGCGAUACUUCUUCUCCGACAAAUGCCCCCGCGCCAACCGACGCCCCUUCCUCAAGUGACAACCCUUCAUCCCCCGACGCCCCCUCUGCCAGCGAUACCCCCUCUUCUAGUGACACUCCUUCCCCAACCAACGGCCCGUCUUCGAGCGAAGCCCCUUCUCCAACUGAUGCCCCGGCAUCAAGCGGGACGGACUCUCCAAGUCCGACUCCCACAGAGUCAAUGACGUCAUCGCCCACGUCAGCGCCGAGCGGGGGGUCGUCCGCUCAGACUCCGGGCCAGGUUCCAACCAAUGUGUGCUCCACUACUCCCAACGACCCCGUGUCCACGACCUACGCUAACCUCAUUUCUAACCCGGGUUUCGGGAGCGGCAUCCCAACCGGCUGGCAAUGCGUGGGCGGUUGCACGCUCUCCCCUUCCACCGACGGCUCCUACGCCGUCGCUUCCAGCAGGAGCGACGCUAACCAGGGUCCCGGUUGGGACUUAACCGGGCAGUUCAGCGCCGGGGCGUUCUAUAACUUCCAGGUCUGGGCGCAGCUCCCCAGCGGGAAGCAGAACGUUCAGAUGUUCCUGGAGACGACCGUGGACGGAGUGACGUCAUCUGCGACUCUCGGGCAGUCGAUGAUCGUCAGCGGGUGUUGGACUCAGAUGCUGGGCUCGUAUACGGCGUUAGGCACGGAGAGCAACGUCGUGCUUUCGAUCGGUGGCGCGGACUCCGGGGGGGACGUUUGGGUGGCGUUUGCUGCGGCGUUUGACCCCCCUGCCGAGACUUUGCCCGUGCUCCGGUCGUUCGCUGCCGCUACGCAUGGGCUGUGCUCCGGUUCUACCAACACCGGCGCCGGAGCCGGUAACGUCAUCGCCAACCCGGGCUUUCUGGCCGGUCUCCCGACCGGUUGGACCAGUUUCGGCACGUGCACGGUCACCGUCAGCAGUGACGCCAGCUACAUUCUCGUCACCGGGCGGCAGCAGACGUUCGCCGGGCCGGCCUGGGACGUAACGUCUCUGCUGACGCAAGGCACGGGUUACACCGCCCAGGUGUCGGUACAACUUGCUGCCGGUAGCUCCGCGGUUUCGAUCACCAUGAAACGAACAGUGGGGGGACAGUUGAGCUACGACCCGGUUGGUACCGGCCAAGCGAGCGCCGGGUGCUGGACCACACUCAGGGGGACGUAUACGCUAUCGGGGCCCGCCGACAGCCUGGUUAUGUAUCUGGAGGGGGCGCCCGUGGGGAGCGACGUUUAUAUCCAGACGGCGGCGCUGUUCCCGGCCGCCGUGGCGGCGACGCCGGCGGCCACGUCAGCACCGGGGUCGGCCCCGAGCAACAUCUGUUCCGGUUCCAGCACCAACGGCAUCACCGGUUCCAACCUCAUUGACACGUCAUCCUCGCAAAGCGGGUGGUCCUGCAUCGGCUGCUCCCUGGCGCUCUCUUCCGACCGGUCCUACACCCAAGCUACCGGUCGCACCGCGGCCUACCAGGGCCCCAGUUGGGACCUCACUAACCGGGUUUCUAUCGGACAGCCCGUGACCGUCCAAGUUUACGCGCAACUCUCUAGCGGUUCCUCCACGGUGAAACUGACCGCGAGGAAGACUAGCGGGUCGAGCACCACGUAUAUCCCGGUCGGGCAGGGCCAGGCGUCCGCGGGGUGCUGGACGCAGAUCUCCGGAACGUACACUUUGGACGGUCCGGCGGAUUCCGUUGUGGUGUAUUUGGAAGGGGCGCCGGGCGGAACGGACGAGUAUGUGAAGUCGCCGGCCGCGUUUGCGCAGGGGAGCUCAGGGGGAAGCUCCGGGGGAAGCUCUGGAGCAAAUGUGAACGUGUGCUCCGGCUCCUCCAAUGACGCCGUCUCCGGAACCAACCUGAUCUACAGCCCGGGUUUCCUGGGCGGCCCGCCCGCCGGGUGGUCUUGCUUCGCUUGCCAGCUCAAGAUCUCUUCGGACCAGACAUACGCUAUUGGAUCCGGACGUACGGCGUCGUUCAACGGACCGUCCUGGGACCUUAGCAGCAAACUCUCUCAAGGCGCAACCUACACCGCCCAAGUCCUGCUUCAAGUCUCCUCGGGGAGCCCCUCGGUAAAGCUCACCAUGCACACCAGCCUCGGCGGCGGCUCUGACGUUUACACUAACGUCGCGUCCGGUACGGCGCAAACCGGGUGCUGGACGCAGCUCAAGGGGGCGUAUACGGUAUCCUCUCCCGCCGAUACGAUAACGAUGUACGUGGAGGGCCCGCCGUCCGGGGUGGACGUAUACGUCAUGGUGGCUGAGAUCGUGCUGACGUCAGGGGGCGGCGGGUCUGGGGGGCCAGGGAAUAUGUGCCCCAACUCGCUCAACAACCCCGUGUCAUCCAACACCAUCAUCGCCAACGGCUUCCAGAACGGGGUCCCCAGCGGCUGGAGCAAGUUCGGCCAGGUCGAUCUGGGAAUCUCCGGUGACGGAACAUACGUAGUUGCUUCCAACCGGGGCCAGGAGUUCUCGAGCCCCUCCUGGGACGUUACCGGAUCGCUUUCCGUCGGAACAUUCUACAAGCUCUCCUCCUGGAUCUCCAUCCCCGCCGGCCAGACCGCCCGGAUCGCGAUCGCGAUCUCCGUAACGAUCGGCGGAAACACAAACUACUACUGCGGGGGUCAGAUCGCACUGACCGGGGGAUGCUGGACCCAGCUAAACGGCGGGUAUACACACCAGAAAGGCGCGGACCGGGUCAACAUUUACCUCCAGGGGCCAGCCCCGGGGGUGGAUAUUCACAUCCGGGGUUUUUACAUGCAACCCAUCACGCGCGCGUCGUGGCUCGCGGACAUCCGGCGUACGGACGUCCGCGUGCACGUCCAAGACAGCAACGGUAACCCGGUUCCUAACGCGAACGUCCAAGUCGACCAAACCAAGCAAGCGUUCCCCUUUGGAGUCGCCAUCAACUACCAGCUCCCCCAAAACACCCAGUACCAAAACUGGGUUAAGCAGCGGUUUAACUGGGUGGUUUUCGAGAACGAGGCCAAGUGGUACCACACGGAGCCGUGGAAACAGGGAGAAUACAAUUACGGUGACGCGGACGCGAUGACCGAUUGGGCGAUCAACAACGGCAUCUCCGUCCGGGGCCACACCGUCUUCUGGGAGAGCCCGCGCGCGCAGCAGCCCUGGGUGAUGUCACUCCCCACCGACCAGCUCCGGGCGGCCAUGAACACCCGGAUCACGCAAGUCGUGCCCCGGUACAAGGGCCGGUUCAAGCACUGGGACGUCGACAACGAGGCGCUUCACCCCGACUACUACCCGCCGCUUCUGGGCUCGGGGAUCCAACAGUGGAUGUACCAGACGACCCAACAGCUCGACCCGAACGUCCAAAUGUUCAUCAAUGAGUUUAAUGUCCUGGAAGAGUGCGACGCGGCCGCAAACCCGGACACGUUCAUCGCGCAGGCGCAGAGCAUCGAGGCGUGGGGGAGUCAGGUCAGCUUCGGCUGCCAGUCCCACUUCGGCAACCCCGUCCAAGCGUUCAAGCUGCGCGCGGAGCUGGACCGGCUGGCCAGCCACGGACGUCCGAUCUGGAUCACGGAGAUGGACUCGUCCGAAACGGACGAGAACACCAAGGCCGACUAUUUGGAGUACGCCUACCGGGAGUAUUUUGCGCACCCCGGAGUGCACGGAAUUAUGGCGUGGACCGUUUGGGAGGGGCCCUUCGAGUGUCAAGUUUGCUCUGUUAACGGCGAUUUCUCCAACAAGCCCUCGGGCGCGCGCGUCGACCAGCUCCUCCUCUCCGAGUGGCGCACCACCGGGCAGACCGGGACGACCGGUUCUUCCGGCGCGGGUUUCGCCUACCGCGGCUUUUACGGCGACUACCGGGCGCAAAUCUCCUACCAGGGGCAGUCUUGGUCGCCCACUUUCACCGUGCAACCGGGCCAGAACGGCGCCGACAUUUACCUGACCAUCCCGGUGACGGUCGCCGCGGCUCCGUCGCCCAGCCCAAGCCCCCAAAGCUCGCCCUCGCCGCGGCCGUCGGCCAGCGCGUCGCCCAAACCCUCGGCGUCAGCGCAGCCGUCGCCCAGCGCGCGCGCGUCGCCUUCGGUUCGCCGUCGCACGAGCGCGCGCGCGUCGCCCUCAGCGCAACCCUCGCAAAGCCCCCAGACCUCGCCGUCCGCGAGCCCGCCCGCGUCGGCCUCCCCAAGCCCCCAACCCUCGCCAAGCGUUGGCGCGUCACCUUCGUCAAGCCCUCAACCUUCUCCGUCCGCUCAUGCGAGCCCAACCUCUGGAGCUUCUGCCUCCCCCAGCUCGUCUCCUCAACCGGGGGCUUCGUCUUCCCCUUCCCAAUCCCCCCAAUCUCCUUCGGUCCCUUCCCCCUCCCCUUCUUACAGCCCGCUUCCUUCGCCGGAGGGAUCCCCCUCGCCUUCCCCAAGCCAAGACACGCCGCUCACUCAGUGCCCCUAUUGGCUCGGCUACACCACGUGCUACAACGCCGACGGCACGAUCCCGUCGUGCUGCAACCCGGACUGCUCCGCCACGCAGUCCUGCGUCCUGCUGAGCUCGAUGAUGACGUCACAGUACCGCCAGAACUUCGCGGUCCUGACGCCCCCCGAGUGCCCCUACUUGUUGGGCUACACGACUUGCUACAACGCCGCGGGAACCGUCGCGAGCUGCUGCCCGGGGAGUUGCGACAGACCAACCGGGGAGUGUUACCGGGCGGACUCGCCCCCGGUUACGACUGCCCCAACUUCGGCGUCGCACAGACACCUCCUCGGAGAGGAUCAACCGGGGCUCGUCAGCGUUGACCUCCACAUGACGGACGGCGCCGGCGUGUUUGGCGCCGUGAGUGACGUCAGGGGCAUGCGACGGCUCCUGGCGGCCGUCGCAGAGCGGAAUGCCGCCGCGGAAGCGGAAGAGGUUCGGGAAAGUGAGGACUCGGAGGAAAGCCCCGAGGAGAGCGAGUCGGCGCUCGGGGACUGCUCUGAGGAGUUGGUCGGGAGGGAGCUGAUCGAUGCCGGGGGCAACAUCGUGAGGCAAUGCCGGCGACGGACGUCUCAGGAGUCAUACUCUAGCGCUUUUGCCGAGAGGCUUCUUGGGGAAAGCACGUCGAGUAAGGAGGCGGAGCUCCUCAAGAACCGGAAACGGAAAGCUCGGAACGCACGAAGGCACGGAUUGCACCAAGUUUGA